AUGGCAUCUAGAUGGAAAAGCUUCAUCGUGAUGCUAUCUGAGACAAAGACAGGAAUUUGUUUGCUGCAGGAUGGUAAUCAGGAGCCUUUCAAAGUGCGACUGCACCUAGCCAAAGAUAUUUUGAUGAUCCAGGAGCAGGAUGUGAUAUGUGUGUCUGGCGAGCCUUUCUAUUCUGGUGAAAGAACGGUGACCAUUAGAAGACAAACUGUAGGAGGAUUUGGAUUAAGCAUAAAGGGAGGAGCAGAACAUAACAUUCCAGUUGUAAUUUCAAAAAUUUCCAAAGAACAAAGAGCGGAACUUUCUGGACUACUCUUUAUAGGGGAUGCCAUUCUUCAGAUUAAUGGAAUUAAUGUGAGAAAAUGCAGACAUGAAGAAGUGGUUCAGGUUCUUCGGAAUGCAGGUGAAGAAGUGACCCUAACUGUAUCAUUCCUAAAAAGAGCACCUGCUUUCCUCAAACUGCUGCUGAAUGAAGAUUGUGCAUGUGCUCCAAGUGACCAGAGCAGUGGCACAUCUUCUCCCCUUUGUGACAGUGGUUUGCAUCUCAACUACCAUCCUACCAACACGGAUACAUUAUCAUGCUCUUCAUGGCCAACCUCACCAGGUCUGAGAUGGGAAAAGAGAUGGUGUGACCUUCGAUUAAUCCCCUUACUUCAUUCACGUUUCUCCCAGUACCUCCCUGGAUCAGAUUUGUGUAGGCAGAAUGCUUUUCAAGUAAUUGCUGUGGAUGGGGUGUGCAGUGGAAUAAUUCAGUGUCUCUCUGCUGAAGACUGCAUUGAUUGGCUACAAGCAAUAGCAACAAAUAUUUCAAACCUCACAAAGCACAAUAUUAAAAAAAUCAACAGGAACUUCCCCGUAAACCAGCAGAUAGUCUACAUGGGCUGGACUGAAGAACGAGAACAAGAUUCCCUUCAAGAUCGGAAGUAUACACCAAAGUUUUUAGCACUGAGAGGCUCUUCCCUUUAUAAAUUUCUGGCACCUCCAGUAACCACUUGGGACUGGACACGAGCAGAAAAAACAUUCUCAGUUUAUGAGAUUAUGUUUAAAAUCUUCAAGGACAGUGAUCUACUGGACCGUCGGAAACACUGCUUUGGUGUCCAAUCAGAAACUGGAGAGGACCUCUACUUUUCAGUAGAGUUAGAGUGUGACCUAGCUCAAUGGGAGAAAGCCUUCCAAACAGCUACAUUUUUAGAAGUUGAAAGGAUACAGUGCAAGACCUAUGCCUGUGUACUGGAAAGUCAUCUAAUGGGACUAACUAUUGACUUUAGUAUGGGAUUUGUCUGCUUUGAUGCUGCAACAAAGGCUGUACUUUGGAGGUACAAGUUUUCUCAGCUUAAAGGUUCUUCAGAUGACGGCAAAAGCAAAAUCAAAUUUUUGUUUCAGAAUCCAGAUACUAAGCAGAUUGAAGCAAAGGAGCUGGAGUUUUCCAAUCUGUUUGCUGUUCUCCACUGUAUUCAUUCCUUCUUUGCUGCCAAAGUGGCUUGUUUGGACCCUCUCUAUUUAAGCAAUCAGGCCUCUGCCUCUGCUUCUACUUCUGCUUCCUCUGCUGCUACUGGCAAAGUAAAAUACACCACCUGA